AUGACCAUAAUCGAUCACAGCAUCGUAGAAGCAUUGGGACCCAAGCCUUCGUGGCUACCGGAUGCAAUUUACCACCAACUUCAUAUUGCGCAUCAUGGUACCAAGUUUUGCAAUGUCCUCGGCAACAAUGAAACGACGUCAACGGGCCUUCUACCUAGACCGGCACCGCUAAUUCAGAUGUUCGAAGGGGAGCUGCGUGCACGAGAAGUCCGUUUCGCAUCGGUAUGGCAGACCAACGAAUACAUUUUCUUCUUGGCGACAAGGCUGCAACUAUAUUCAUUCGCACUUACGCCUGCGGGGCUCGAUGCAACCGAUGAUUUGCUCUCUGCAGAGAAAUAUAAUGAAUUCUUCGCGCAUGCCUAUCUUACAGCAAUGAGUCUUUUACAAUCCGGACUUCAAUCAUCGGCAGAAUUGCCUUACUGGCCGGAACAUCAAUACAGAUAUCUCCUGGAUGCAGUUCUAUUCCUUCUCAAGCUCAUCGAAUGUUCCUGCGAGUUUGUCGAUGAGGCCGCGGCAAGGAAUGUCAUCAGCCAAAUCUGGCAGCUACUCCGCACUCAGUCAAAAGCCGAGGAUGACCGUAUGUCCCGAUUUUGCGCUAUCAUAGAAUACUUGAGUCGCAACCGUUCAAAUAAGGGAAGUCCUUCGGUGAAGGUCAGGUCGCGCGUAGCGGGCAAUUUGACAAUCGACUCGGCAUGGCGCGCUCGUGAUCGAUUCAGCGAAACUGUGAAGGCGCAACGUCCGGCAGACUAUACAUCAGCUGCCGCUCUCGAGCGGUCCAUGAGAUCUGAUGGGCAAUGCUCGUUACCAUUUUUGAGAGAUAUUGGCGAUUGGGAUUCUUUCUUCGAGAAUCUGGCUUUACAAGGAGGGAUGGAUGAUGAAGGUUUGCUUGUAGGAAGCUAA